AUGCCGUCCCGAGCCCUUUCUAGUGCAGAGGAUAAAAACAAGGUCAGAAGAGCCUUGCCUACUGCCAAAAUUUAUGCGGCUACAGUUGCGCGAUUGUAUGUUGCCUAUCCUAACCCUAAUAAAUGGGCAUACUCAAAUAUCUGGGGCGCAGUAACUUUUCUUAAAGAUAAAAAGACUCAUUCCUAUUACAUCAAGAUUGUUGACUUGACGCAACACCGAGGUAUUAUUUGGGAGCAGGAGCUCUAUGAUGGAUUCGAAUUUAAAAAACAUACGCCCUUCUUUUGUACUUUUGCUACUGACGAAUAUAUGGCCGGUUUAUCGUUUGCAGACCAAGACGAUGCAGAAGUGUUCUAUACAAAAGUAACUACUAGAGAAAUAACUACCAAAAAGACAAGCAGUAAAAAAAAGAAGGAAACGAGUAGCGGUAAAAAACCCAAAGGAAAAUUGGAUAAAUCUCAGAUUGGAUUACCAUCCGAGUUUAGACAUUUGGGUCAUAUUGGUUAUACACCAGAUAAAGGGUUUAGUGUUCAAAAUACAGGUCCUGAAUGGAAUGGUUUAUUUGAUCAAUUAAAAGAUUUGGGUAUUUCACCAGAAGAGCUUCAAGAUAACGAGGAUUUUAUUAAAGAGUUUGUAAACGAAAGAGGAGGACCUCCUGCACCACCUCCUCGUCCUGCUGUAGGAUCACCUAAAGUACGUGCGCCACCCCCACCACCUUCUAGACGUCAUGCUCCUCCACCUCCUCCAGUAGGUGGUCGUCGUCCUCCUCCACCUCCCCCACCUUCCAGACGUGCUGCACCACCACCACCACCUCCAGUGCGUUCUGCUGUACCUGCUCCUCCACCACCACCCGUACGUCAACCAACAGAAUACUAUGAGACAGAAGAAGAAGAUUACUAUCAGCCUUCACCUGUAGUAAAUACUCCUCCUGCGCCUAGUUUCCCCUCUCAGCAUCAUAUCUCAGCUCCAGGUACAGCACUUCCCCCUCCCCCUCCAAUGCGAUUUCAGACACCAGAAACCCCUCCUAUCAGAUCCAUCCCAGAAGCACCUAGUCCUAAUAGAUCAAAUAAUCCUUAUAAAAUGGCUUCACCUGAACGAUCUAUUCCAGCUGCACCACCACUUCCUCCUAUGGGAGCUAGACAAGGUGUACCUCCCCCACCUACCUCAGCAGUACCUCCUCCUCCUCCUCCUCCUCCAAUGGGAGCUAGACCAAGUAUUCCAGCUCCACCACUUCCUCCUAUGGGAACUAGACAAGGCGUUCCUCCCCCAGCACCGCCACCUCCCCCCAUGGGAGCUAGACCAAGUAUUCCAGCUCCACCACUUCCUCCUAUGGGAGCUAGACAAGGUGUACCUCCCCCACCUCCUCCACCACCACCUCCUCCACAACCACAAUCCGAUCAACACGAGUAUGAUGAGCCAGAAACAUAUCAGACAAACGUAGAAGAUGAUGAGUUCUAUGAUGCUCCGGAAGCACCCCAACCACCGCCUCUUUCUCGUAUGUCUGAAGCUCCUCCAGUACCUCCUAUGCCUUCAACAAGUAAUCGAUCCGUACCACCUCCUCCGCCACCACUUCCCAAUAGAGAUAGAAGAGGUCCUCCUCCUCCUCCUAUGGGUCAAAGACCCACAGCUAGACCCACUGGUCCUCCACCACCACCUCCUCCACAAGGACCACCAUCUGGUGGCUCAAAUCCUCCUCCUCCUCCACCACCACCAUCAACUGGAGGCGCUCCUCCUCCCCCUCCUCCACCACCACCACCACCACCACCUCCUCCAAUGGGCGGUGUACCGCCUCCCCCACCACCGCCACCAGCUAUGGGAGGUGCAGCACCUACAACUGCCAGUUCACCACCGUUACCUGUUGUUGGUGAACCACGCAAUGCUUUACUAGAUGCAAUCCGUGGUGCCGGUGGUGUCUCUUCACUUCGUAGUACACCUGUAGAAGCACGUAAAGACCGCAGUGUACCAUUAACCGCUGCAGCUACAGGAUCUGCUGCAGGAGGUGGAGGUGGAGAUUUAGCAAAUAGUUUAUUAGCUGCCCUUAAUGAUCGUAAAAAAGCCAUGGAAGAUGAUUCUGACAGUGAUUCUGAUAGUGAAUGGGAUGAUUAG